UUGUUUGGAUAAACAAAACCAAGUGUGUCCACACAUUUUUAUAUUUAUUUGAUUUUGGUUUUAAAAUAAAAGCAUAGGAGGAAUACUAUACUAGCUGGCGGUAUUAUUAAAGGGAUAAGGGAAACAGCACAAAAAAAUGGCCGCCGCAAACAGCUGGUUCUCGGUGCUCACCUCCACCGGCGGCUAUCUUACAUCUCACCGUCUCUUUUCAACAUCACUAACAUCCUCUUCUUUCUUCAUUCCCCAAAAUCAAAACUAUAAGAGGCAAGUUCUCAACAAGUCAUCCUCCUCUCCUCCUGAGAAAGUAGCUGGUAAACAGAAGUUUUCACGGAGAUCAAAAAAUGAAGGGCCUUUUGCAAAUGCAGAUGGCAGGAGCAGUACAAGUGAAAACGGACGAUCUCAAUCAACAGCAAUUAAAUCAUUUGGUCUGCAGAAAAAAGGGAAAGGAGUUCUGUUAGAUUCGAAGGACCAGCAGGUAGAAACUGGCAGCAUUCAAGAUGCAGCUUUUCUUAAUGCCGUUGUGAAGGUUUACUGUACACAUACUGCUCCAGAUUAUUCCCUUCCUUGGCAGAAACAAAGACAAUUCACAAGUACUGGAAGUGCUUUCAUGAUUGGUGAUGGGAAGCUCUUGACGAAUGCACAUUGUGUUGAACAUGAUACACAGGUCAAAGUGAAGAAAAGGGGAGAUGACACAAAAUACGUUGCUAAGGUUCUAGCUAGAGGGGUAGCGUGUGACUUAGCUUUGCUAUCCGUGGAAAGCAAGGAAUUUUGGGAGGCAGCUGAGCCCCUUAGUUUUGGACGGUUGCCUCGUCUGCAGGAUGCUGUAACUGUGGUUGGCUAUCCACUUGGAGGAGAUACAAUCUCUGUAACAAAGGGGGUGGUGUCAAGAAUUGAGGUUACAUCAUAUGCUAAUGGAUCAUCUGAGCUGCUGGGCAUUCAAAUAGAUGCAGCAAUAAAUCCUGGUAAUAGUGGUGGUCCUGCAUUCAAUGAUGACGGAGAUUGCAUUGGAGUUGCAUUUCAGGUUUACAGAUCCGAUGAUGCUGAAAAUAUUGGUUAUGUAAUACCUACUACAGUUGUAUCUCAUUUUUUGGAAGACUACGAGAGGAAUGGGAAGUAUUGCGGCUUUCCUUGCCUUGGGGUGUUGUUGCAAAAAUUGGAGAAUCCAGCGCUACGUGCCUGCUUAAAAGUGCCAUCUAACGAGGGUGUACUCGUCCGGAAAGUUGAGCCCACUUCUGACAUCAGUAAUGUUGUGAAAGAGGGCGAUGUCAUUGUUAGCUUUGAUGGUGUUCAUGUUGGGUGUGAAGGAACAGUGCCGUUUCGAUCAAGUGAACGUAUAGCUUUUCGCUAUCUCAUUAGUCAAAAAUUCACUGGUGAUUCAGUUGAGCUUGGUAUCAUUAGAGCGGGAGAAUUCAUGAAAGUUCAAGCAAUUUUGAAGCCACGUGUGCAUUUGGUUCCUUAUCACAUAGAAGAUGGUCAGCCUUCAUACCUAAUAGUUGCAGGCUUGGUGUUUACCCCACUAUCUGAACCACUAAUAGAGGAAGAAGAAGAUAGCAUCGGGCUAAAACUAUUGACCAAGGCUCGAUACUCUUUGGCCAAGUUCGAAGGUGAGCAGAUUGUUGUACUAUCUCAGGUCUUGGCAAAUGAAGUAAAUAUUGGAUAUGAGGAUAUGAGCAAUGAGCAGGUCUUGAAGUUGAAUGGCACCCGAAUUAAAAACAUUCACCAUUUGGCUCAUCUUGUAGAUUCAUCCAAGGGCAAAUAUUUAGUGUUUGAAUUUGAAGACAAUAUUCUGGUGGUUCUGGAAAGGAAGGAAGCCAUGUCUGCCUCAGCUAGUAUUCUCAAAGACUACGGCAUUCCAGCAGAAAGAUCAUCAGAUCUUCUGGGACAGUAUGUUGAUUCCACCACACAACAAAGUGAAGCAACCAAUCACGGUGAAUUUGGCUAUGAAGGGCUUCUUUGGGCUUGAUCACUUAGCAUAUGAAGCUUGAUCUUGAUUCACACUUGAAGGCAGCCAUUCUUCUUCAUGCAUAAGAUGGUUAUUCUUGCCUAAAAAGAUCUAUUGUCACAUUUGUAAACUUGACAGGGGGGAAGAACUCAGAUAAACAGGCAAAUCUGCAUGGGGACUCUACAGAACAGCGCUUACUUGGCUACCUCCCUUUGGAUAUAAAAAGAAAAGAAAAUGUUCAGUUGAAAUCAAUGUGUGAAAUGGAAGUUCAUGGCCCUGCACAUUAAGUAUGCAGCAUUUCUGAGGUUUGUUUUUACAGGUGUAGGAUGUAAUUAUCAAUUUUUAGGAAAUUUUGGGAGUUGGAAGGUUUUGUUACCAUUCACAUAAUUCAGUAUAGGCAAAAAAAAAUUAAAAAAAUUUGCUGUUUCAGUUUUUCCUCCCCGUUCCCGGUCCCUCACCAACCACUAAACAGUAACCUUUGAUCUGAAACCUGAAAGGACAGUAGCAACAGGAAGUUUUUAUUUGAAAAAUGGAAGGUCAGAUAAGAUGGUGGGUGUAUUUAUUCACUUUCCUGAACCGUAUCCGUAUGUGGGAAAUAUCACAUUCCAAUGAGCUCAAUAUGUGAUAAGACUGUAGAAUAGACCUACCAUACUACAUCCUGAACAUGCUUACGUGUAGACCUUUUUUAUUUCUUUUUAAAUGAGAUGACCAUGCAAAUAGUUUUCA